UUGGGCUAACUGACUCAGUUCUUCAGUUGAGUAGGAACGUUUUCAUUCUGCUGCUUUUAGUUUUGCAAGUAGACAGGCAUUAAGGCUAGCUGCUGUCUAGUAGCCAACACCACUUCCUAAAGCUCUCCUUUCUUCCCUGCUUUCAAACCUGUUUUUGACCCAAUGACAAUCAUGUCAGCUGAACUGAUGAGUCCUCUUCCGGUUUCCCCAAUUGGAUUUGAGGGUUACGAGAAGCGCCUCGAGAUUACUUUCUCUGAGCCGCCCAUGUUUGUCGAUCCUCAAGGUCGGGGUCUUCGAGCUCUUUCACGGUCCCAAAUUGACUCAAUUCUGGAUAAAGCCUCUUGCACAAUUGUGUCAGAGCUUUCAAACAAGGACUUCGAUUCCUAUGUCCUUUCUGAAUCAAGCCUUUUUGUCUAUCCAUACAAGAUAAUCCUCAAGACAUGUGGAACAACAAAGCUUCUGCUCUCGAUCCCUGUUAUCCUUGAACUUGCUUCGGAGCUAUCACUCAGUGUUCUAUCUGCCAAAUAUUCACGUGGGACAUUCAUAUUUCCGGCAGCUCAGCCUGCACCGCAUCGUAGUUUCUCAGAGGAGGUAACUGUGCUCAAUCAUUUCUUCGGUGGCCUUGCUUCAGGUGGCAAUGCAUAUGUUAUCGGUGAUCCAGCAUCACCCGCUCGCAACUGGCACAUCUACUAUGCCACCGAGAAACCUGAGCGUCGGCCAAUGGUGACUCUUGAGAUGUGUAUGACUGACUUGAGAAGUGAUAAAGCAUCAAUCUUUUUCAAAAACACCGCAGACGGGCACCCAUCAUUGGCCCAAGAGAUGACAAAGCGCUCCGGCAUUGCAGAAAUAAUCCCCGAGAUGGAGAUUUGUGACUUUGGGUUCGACCCAUGCGGAUAUUCUAUGAAUGGCAUCUAUGGGCCUGCAUUCUCAACUAUCCAUGUGACGCCCGAGGAUGGAUUCAGCUACGCCAGUUAUGAAGCCAUGGGAUUCAACCCUGCCGUAGUGCCAUAUGGAGACUUAGUCAAGAAGGUCCUAAAGUGCUUUGCUCCCAAAAAUUUCUCUGUUGCUGUUACAAUCUUCGGUGAUCAGACAGUUGAUGGUGCGUGGAGCGUAGAAGACCUUGGAGGUUAUGCUUGCAACGAUCUGAUCGAGCAGGAGCUCCCGGGUGGAGGGGUAUUGAUUUAUAAGAGCUUUUCUGCUACCGAGGUGAGAGCCACAUUGCCGGAAGAAUUGACACUAAAGUACUGGGAAGAAGAAGAUGUGGAAGUGAAGAUGGAGAAGUUUGUAGUUGCUUUCUGAUGUUUGGUGUUGGUCUAUUGCUCAGCUAAGCCAGUUUUAAAAAAACCUUUCUUCAUAUAGUUAUCAUGCUAUGUAUUAAGAAUAAAUAAGCUCCAGACUUGCUCUUUGGAGCAGUGCUUGUUUGGUUUGUGCUGGUAUUUUAUGCUUUCAAUGUUCAAAUUCUGAAUAAUUUCAUAUGGUUUAUAUAUCAUGAUGGAAAAUUGAAUC